UGUCAGAGUGCGCAAAGUGAAAAAAACAAAACGGAGAGUUUACAAGAUUUUUUCUAGCGUCGUUUUUUUUACGCGAGUAUAUAUUUUCUAAUGGCGCCGCCGCCCAAAGUUGUUGCGGACCAGGGCAGCGCCAGUGCCCGCAGCGGGAGCAGCAGCAACCACAACAACAACAACUCGGUGGGCGGGGCAACCGGCGCCGUGCCCAAACAACAAACGCCCCUUAAUGGAGCACCUGCAUCGGGAGCGAAUGCAUCCCCAUCCACGGUGACCAGCAGGUCAGCACGCUCCCGGCGGCAGCAGGAGCACCUGGGCGAACCGGACCUGGACUUUGUGGAGCCACUGCAGCGGGAGACGCUGAAAACGCUGAACGAUCUUCUCCAGCGCGCACGCAUCAGCAACGGCAAGAAUCGAUCUCCGGUAGAUCAGCAGCUGUCCAGCAAGGAAACCAAGUCACCUGCCCAGCAGCAGCAGCGAGAGACACUGCGUCAAUUGGCCGCCGAGCAGAGCAGCUACGAGUCAGCAGAGCAAUUGCAGGAGCAACAGCAGCGCUACCGAUUCCCCGUGCGUCCCGUCCAGAGGGUUCAGCACCAGCCAUCCUCGUCAUCCAAUAGCUCAGGCGCCCCCUCAUCUUCGUCGGCCUUGCUGCGUUUGCGUCAGUCUACGCCCCCGAAUGCCACAGUAGGUGUGGUAAUACCAAACGCAACUACCAGCAACGGAAACGGUCAUAUAAGUGGCCCUGAGGAGCAGCCCACACAACUGACUCCCGCAGCACUGCAUCAGCUCGUUCACCGACUCUUUGGAGUGAACCCUUUGGCUCCUAGACACGAGACAGGGCGCUCCCAGGUUGAUGUGCUGCGCACCCUGCUCGGGCUGGACGAGAACCUGAACGGCAAUAGACAACAACAAGGUGUAAACCUAUCGGAGCUCAACAGUAUGGUGCAUGAGAUCAACCCAACCGCAGAACAGGAAGAGGGCAUAGUCAAUUCGACCAGCUUGGAGGAUGUUGCAUUAAGCGAGAUGAGCGACAACCGUGCCCAGUCCAUCCAGUCGCUGCACAGCGUUCUGGAGACCCCCACGCCCGAUACCGCGCCCAGUUUCGACGAGCUGCAACAGCGCCUGGAGGCCUCCAACAGGAACAUGCAGCACCUGCAGGACGAACAGGCCAAGUUGCUGCACAUCCAGAACCUGGCCAAGUCUCACCUCAGCGAGAUGGAGCAGCUGCGCCAGCAGGCUGAUCGCCUGCCCCACAACAGCAACGGAGGAGAGGCUCCAAAGUACGAGUCCGUAGAGCAGGUGCAGAACGAUAUGGCCUCGCUGGUGGGUCGCAUGAAGAACCUCACCGCCUUCAUACACAAUCAGAACGAACUGAGCACUGUGCUCGGCGAUGAUGGCCCCGAGAUCCUGGCCGAGCAGCAAGCACUGCAGGAGAAAUUGGAAUCGUUGCGCACCCAGCGCGAGGAUAUGCGCAACCUGGUGGAUGAACUGAACAGCAUCAACCGUACGGCUAGGGAGUCAACUAGGGCCGUCAAGGAGGAAACUCCAACACCGCCGCCAAAGCCCGCUCCUGUACCAGUGGCGGUAAAAGAACGCGUGGUGCCAGUGGAAUACCAGAGGAAUGUACCCAUCAUGCGGCAGGAGGCGGCGGAAGCAGCUCAGCGAGCACUUCAGGCCCAGGCGAUGAUCAACCAGAAAACGGCAGAUAUAGAAGCCCUCAAGGCUCAGAUGGCCCGGCUCAAGGGUAUGCUAAACACUGUUAGCCAGAUCGAGGAAAGUACCCCAAGCAUGGGUGCCUCCUUGGAGCGGCGGAGUGAGGAGAGGACCAGCGUCGAACGUGAGUUGCCCGAGGAGAUUUCGAAGCGCGUUUUCGAACUUAACGAUUUCACCUCUGAACUGCGGGCUGAGGCAGCUAGUCUUCAGAAGGAGCGCGACCGUAUCCUGGCCCUGAAGGCGGAGAUCGAGCGCCGCAAACAGCAAGCGGCAAAUGCAGUUCAGUUGGGCGACGAUGCACUGAAGAGAAGUAGUCUUACCCCAACCCCCACACCCUCGAGACAGCAUCAGGAGAAAGAGGAGGAGGCGGAGGAGGAGGAGGCACCAUCUGAGGUGGAUACUUCCCUUCAGGCCACGCCCACCAAGGAACAACUUCGUAACGAACUGCGCGUGCAGUGCGAGCGCCUGCGCAAGGAGUACGAGCAAAAGCAGCGGGAACUGGAGCAGCGCUACGUGGGUAGCAACAAUACCACCUCGGAAGCGGAUGACGAGGGAAACGACGAUACCGAUAGCGAUAAGUACUUCGCCAACGCACGUACCGCCUCCUCAGCAACACUCAAGCGGGCAGCGUCCGCCAGCACGGUGGUGGAACAGCGGCGCGGUCAGCAGCCCAACAUGCCCCAACAGCAAGCUCCACCGCCGCCAGCUCCACCGUCCACCCUCAACGAGGAUGAUCUAAACGCGACCCUUGAUACCCUAUCACUGGGCAACGACAGCUUGCCCUCGAGCAGCAACAGGUCGCAGUACAUGCCGCCGCCGAUGCCCCCAGUGCCGGGAAUAUGGGCGUCGCACAACGCCAACAAUGCGUGGCACGGACAGCAACCAAUCUAUGGCCAGCCUUGCUCCAGCACUGGAACCGAGUUUAAGCCAGCGCCUGCAGGCCCGCAGGGGGGAUCCUCAAAUGCCUCCGGAUCGAACGCCUCGAGCGAUGCCGUGCUUCUGCAGCAGUUCAUGCAGACGCAGCAGAUGUUGAUCAACUCAGUGUGCCAGUGCAACCAGACGCUGUGGCACCAGCAGCGGGAAAUCGACAACCUUAACAACCAACUGCAUACGCUCCAGGAUCGAUUUAAUGUGGUGGCUUGUCAGGAUCACAGCUUCGGCUUACGCUCGGAGUCGGUUCCGCCUCCGAACCUCCCGGUGGGCCCUGGAAUGGGUCAGAUGCCCAACAAUUUGUGUCUUGGCAACAGCCGGGCUCAGUCGGAGCAGCUGUUCAACUUUGGCGCCCACCAGAGCGCCUUUAGUAACUACCAGCGCAGCUGUCACCGCACCGGGAGCGAAGCUCAUCAUCAUCAGCAGCAGCAGCACCAGCCACAACCGUUCCUCAACAACGCCGCUCCGCCGCCACCGCCGACGCACUACAACAAUGAGACUCCCUUGUCGCCACCUACGUACCGCUCAAGUCCUGGUCCCAUUUUUAUGAACCAUCACAACAACACGAUCCACCAGAACAACUCCAAUCUGAGAACCCAGAACCAGCAUGCCAACAACCUGCACUCUUUGCCCGAGGGAGCAGCUGGGGGAGGAGCACCCGGUGCUGGUAUCACCCUGAACAACCAGGUGCCACCCGGUAACCGGGCCAACAAUUACUGGGAUAACUUCCGCAGCCACUCGCGCCAGAAUCUCCUAUCGAACAAAAGCAACGAGGAGCUGAACGUGGACCUCCAGCAGUACCGACGCCAGCGGGCGCCGCGUCCCAGCUACUUUCCGCCGCCCCAGCUGAUGGCUCCGCCCACGACCCGUGGUGGUCUGACCCACCAGCAGCAACAGCAGCGUCGCCACUUUUUCGAGUCGCCACUAACCGCUUUGCGUGGCAGCAGCGCCAAUGGCAGCAAUAACCUGAAUAACAGCGGCAGUGCGGGCAGGAAACGCGACUGGCGCGAGGAUCCCGCACACAAUCGCGACCACGACGAUGAGGAUGUAGAUGAGGUGGAGGAGAAUCAUGACAACGCCAUAUUCGGUUCGGGUCGGCGUCGCAAUCGUCGGCGCCCACAACUCUCCACGCUGCGAGAUGAAGAACCCGAACAGGCUAGCUCCUCCAAUCUCAAUAUGAACGUAAACUACGGCAAUAGUCCACUGUAUCAGCGGAAUAAGGUGCCAGCAAAGCCCACCACUUCGACGGUUUCGCUGACUCCUCUGCAACAGCGACACCUUCGCUUCAACUUCGAGCUUCCGUCUCACUAUAUGGACUACAUUGACCUGCCCCAGAUGACUCCAGUGGAUACGACGACUCCUAUCCUCGGUCAGGAACCCUCGCCCGUGGACGAAUCAAAUGCCAUGGAGCAAACCGAGGAAACUGCCUCCGAGGAACUGAAUCGCAAUCUGCUGGUGAAUGCCCUGAAGAACGACAAGUUCACCACAAAGUUUUACGAAUCCAUCAAGGAGGAUGUGUACCGCCGGCUGGAGACGCUGUUUGAGCAGCAGCAGCAGCAGCAAAUGCAGCAGCAAAAUCAGCAGAUGCAGCAGCAAGAGCCUCAUGGACUGCGAAAAGCUCUUAACCAGGAGGAGGCUGAGCACACGGGUGAUGCGGAGGCCACCGAGAGUCGCAGUGAGACGCCUCUGGAAGUGAUGCGCAGGCAGCUGGACAAUGAACGGCCCGAGGACGAAAAAGGAUCGCCAGUGAAGCAGAUGACUGUGGUCAUUCCACAAAAUGGAGCUGUCCUGGAGGAAACAUCAGCCAGUGCAUCUGGCGUUACCUCUUCUGCAAGGUCGGAAGUUGAAGAGCAGAUGCACGAGGGAAAAGCGGAUCAUGUCUGUGGGUCUGGAGCAGUAGCAGGGUCCACCAUGGAACUGGCCCCGGAUCACGAACUGAUCGAGUACAUUAUUAAACGCAUUCGCAACCAGACGCACAACAACACCGUCAUUAAUGAUUCCUUGCUGGCGGAGGUCUCCAAGCUGACGGCUACUGCUGCCCAGAAUUCCACCGCCAGUUCGCCAUUAAUCUCGCCCAAGCGCAUUUACGCUAAGAUCAAGAAAAUGGACAUGCCACGGCAGCGUGACGAGUUCCUGCUGUGGUACCGCUCCUAUUUGGAGCAACUGUUUGUGGUGGAACAGCCGCAGGACAGCUGUAAGCCCAGGCCGAAGGCCCCACCCACUGCUGCUUGCAGUCCGGCCAAGCAGACGAACAAGCGAGUUCGCGAGCAGUCCCAGUCCCAGUCGCAGGACUCCAAUAACGAUGCCGACCUGGCUGAAGCUGACCAAAAGAAUGUCUCCUCGUCGGGAAAUGGCGACCUGGAGUGCGAGAACAACGAGAAUCCCGGCGAGGAGGCGGAUGGCCAGGCUGCUGCGGAGUCAUCCGGAGCAGAAAAGCAAGAAAGCAGUCUGGAAUAGACUAUAGGAUCCACCCAAUCCAACACACAUUCCUAAUCUCACUAUACAUCAUAUGUACGGAUAUUUAAAAACUCAUUUUUACGGAUUUCGCAGACGUUACACACCUUUUGUCCGUGUCCCCAUUCAUAGAUCACAUUUCAUUUGGCUUAUAGUUUUUUAUUUAACAUUAAAUUAUGCAACAAUAAUAUAUAUAUAAACACACUAAAGACAACAAGA